CAAUCUACGACCUCAGCGACACGGCGAUAGAGGGGGUGGAGUUCGAAGUGGAGUUCACGGACGACAGGCCCAUCCUCGCGCCCCGCCGGCGGUUCUCCCAGUACGAACACGAGCUGCUGAAGGCCUACUGCGAGGAGCAGGAAGCGGCGAAGCUGAUAACGAGACUGAAGCUGCCGCCAGGGGUGAAGGAACCAAACUGCGCGCCGACGGUGAUGCCACGGAAGAAGGACGCUGAGGGGAACUGA